AUGCUAAAACCUCAAUCUUUAAUUAAACCUAAUGAUACUUAUUUAGAAAAUAAUAUUGAGUUAGAUAAUGAUGUUCAAAUCAAAAAUGAAGAUCAAGAAAAAAACUUACAGUCUAAAAAACAAAAGAGUAUUAAAAUAAAUAUAAAUGAAAAAAUGUAUAUCAAAAAAGAUAAAUAA